GCGUCCGGGAGAACUGUGGGGGCGCUGUUCCCUCUCUGUGCGCGCCUUGCACUCAGGGAGCUGUCCCUUGCUGCCCGUGUACCCCCACGCCUCUCAGCCCCGGACUUUCUGGGAGGCCCUGACCCGGCGCCGAGAGAGGCGCUGUGUCGAGGGCGACCCCCACACACCAAAAGCAGUGCCCUGUGCUAAAGGACUUGAGAGGAAGAGCCAUCAUAGGAUGGGGAGCUGAAAGUGAAAAACUAUAAGCAAAGCACUCAUUAGGAUGAAUGGGAUUUGGAGAAAUUCUAUUUCCUGUCUAAGGAUAGGAAAGGUGCCACAAAGAUGCCAAAGUAGUGAUCCCCCAGUGGCCCCUCUGGGAUCAAGGAUUUUAACUGACCCAGCCAAAGUUUUUGAGCACAACAUGUGGGAUCACAUGCAAUGGUCAAAAGAAGAAGAAGCAGCAGCCAGAAAAAAAGUAGAGGAAAACUCAGCUGUGCGAGUCCUUCUGGAAGAGCAGGUUAAGUAUGAGAGUGAAGCAAGUAAAUAUUGGGACACAUUUUACAAGAUUCACAAGAAUAAGUUUUUCAAGGAUCGUAAAUGGCUGUUGAGGGAAUUUCCGGAGAUUCUUCCAGUUGAUCAAAAAACUGAAAAGAAGGCAAAAGAAUUAUCAUGGGAUCAUAUAAAAACUAAUGCUGCAAAUUGUUUCUCAAGAAUGCACUGCCCUACCAUACCUGAUGAAGAAAACCAUGAUAAGAAAAGUUCUGGCUCGUCAGAUGGUCAAAGCAAAGCAGGAUCUAAUUUUUCUACCCUAGACUGUACAGAACACAGAAAAGGACCUCUCAAGACUGAGCCGUUUCCUGGUAGCAAUGCCACUUUCAGAAUUCUAGAGGUUGGCUGUGGUGCUGGAAAUAGUGUUUUUCCAAUUCUGGAAACUUUGCAGAAUGCUCCAGAGUCCUUUCUUUAUUGUUGUGAUUUUUCUUCUGGAGCGGUGGAGCUAGUAAAGUCGCACCCAGCCUACAGAGCAGCCCAGUGUUGUGCCUUUGUUCAUGAUGUCUGUGAUGACGGCUUCCCCUACCCUUUUCCAGAUGGGAUCCUGGAUGUCAUUCUCCUGGUCUUUGUGCUGUCUUCUAUUCAUCCUGACAGGAUGCAAGGUGUUGUAAACCGACUGUCCAAGUUGCUGAAACCUGGGGGAAUGCUGUUAUUUCGGGACUAUGGAAGAUAUGAUAAGACUCAGCUUCGUUUUAAAAUGGGGCAUUGUUUAUCUGAAAAUUUUUAUGUUCGAGGAGAUGGUACCAGAGCGUAUUUCUUUACAAAAGGGGAAGUCCACAAUAUGUUCUGCAAGGCUGGGUUAGAUGAGAAGCAAAAUCUGGUUGAUCGUCGCUUACAAGUUAAUAGGAAAAAACAAGUGAAAAUGCACCGAGUGUGGGUUCAAGGCAAAUUCCAGAAACCAUUACACUUGACUCAAAAAAGCUCUGAAUUGAUGUUUUCACUCCUUUCUCAUAGCUGAACUGUGUACCAUGUUAAGGGACAAACCAAAGGACCACACUAUUCAAAGACUUCUAUAAAGCUUUCAUUUUUAAAAAGAAAGUCAGAAAAAAAGAAGAGAAUUUAUAUAUUAUGUUGUUUAUCAUAGGUGAGCUCCUUUGUGUAUUUUAAGCACAUGUAAGUGAUUUUAAGCACAUGUAAGUGAUUUGAACGAGUGUACCAUAUUCUGUGUUUUCAAAACUUAAUAUGAUCACUCUUGUUAGGGUUUAUACUACAUCUAACCAUUUUAUUUGUUCUUUGAAUUUUAUAGAUAUUCAAUUAAAUUACUGAUACAAAUCAGAUGAUUCUGAGAAAUAAUAACCUGCUAUCUUUUAGAAGUGGGGAAGAUCAUCUACUCUACUUAUAUAUUAGUCAAACACAAUUUAAUUCCCCUCCAGUGUUAUCUGGUAGCAGAGAGGCGCUUGCCUUGUUUGCAGGGAAAAUCACAAGCCUAAGACAAAAGUAUAUUGCUUUUUGUUUUGUUGUCUGUUUUCCCCAACACUUCUUUUUUUUUAAUUCAGAGACUAAUGACUGAAAUAGAAUUUUAGUUUUUCUUUCCUUUUCUAAAAUUGGGGAAGUAUAACCCAUGUAAUAUUAUUUUCAGACUAUUUGGUGUACAAAUUGUUGUAAGCUCUCUUUAAGAUAACUUUUAUACCCAAGAAAAUUCUUAAAUUGUAGCAAUUAAAAAUUUAUUUACAACUUUGCCUCAAAAGGAUAUAUUUGACUUGCAAAUUGCAGUUUGCACUUAGAAUGGAGUUUCUUGUUGUUUUGUUUUUUUCUUUUUGCAUUUAGAAUGGAGUUUCUAAGAUUGGUCUUUCAUUUGUUACACAACAUUUACUGAGUAUUUACAUUUGCUGAAUUAUAUGGAGUAAUACAAUAAAUAAAGACCCAGCCCCAUCUUCAAAGAGCAUAAAUAGUAUCUAGCUGGCAAAGCAACAUGUGCACCUCCCAAGCCUCUAAAUCAAGAUUUAAGAUAAUAUAUGAGCAGGUACUCAAAUAGGGAGCUUAUCAGCCAGCAGACUUUUAUUAUAAGCCACAGAAAUCUGGAAGAAAUGGACACUCUUUUGAAAGGACUACCAUUAGAAUAAUUUAAUUCCCACUGAUUUUUUUUAACAAA